CGCGGCGAUCAGCGGCAAUACACAGCCUGGACUGUACGUCCGAGCGGGUGACGGCGACGUCAAAGUACGGAUAUAUUUUUCGAUAACGUGACACAUACCGCCUGGGCCUAUUAAGCUUCAAGCGCCGCGCGAGUGCAUGAGUCCCGUCAAUCAGUGGACCCUCCUCUCUCUCUCCUUCGACGACUAAUCGUUUGACGUACUUUGACCACCGUGAGACAAUCCUUUCUCUUUGUCGGCUCUCGUUGCUCACAUAUUCGGACAUUCGGACCAUUUCUGUUUGACGUGUGUUUCGGAGCGAAAGCGACGCUGAGACGUGGGAAUCAACGGCGCUCCACGGACGCCCGUAAAGACUAAAGAGAUGUUAUCGAAAUGGAGUUGGAUUGUUUUUAAUCUUAUUGUCUAUGUAACCACUGCCCCACACAAAGAAAUUUUCUUGGAGGAUGAAGCUAAAGCUUUUUUCGAACUAAUCGAAUUAGAUUAUGAAGAUGUAUGUUACAACAUUGCCGAUGUUCAGUGGUCAUUUAUCUUGUCACCUUCCAAUAAAACACUGUCAAUGUGGGAGAUACAGCAAAAUAAUUAUACAGAAUUUACGAAAACGCGAAAAAAUGAAAUAAUCGAUAAAAUAAAAGAUACAAAAGAACAGCUGAAGUCAUCUCUUCAAUACAAAUAUGACAUGAUUGAGAAACCUGGUGACACGUUACUAAAAAACGAAGAUUGGAAGAAGUUUAUACAUUUUGCUGGCAUCGUGGAAUUGCAGCGAUCAAUUAUUAAUUAUAUUAAUAAAUCGCAAAACUAUUCACGGGAAGGUAUGGAAUACUUACUCUCUCAUAGUAGAAAACUAGAAGAUAAACAAACAGCUUGGAAUUCUUGGUAUCGCCAAUUUAUACCAUUAAUAACAAAUUAUUCAAACAAUUUGCUACUCGUUGCCGAAGCCGCAAAACAAAACGGUGUCGAAAGUGUUGAGGAAUAUUGGGAAAUGUUGUCAGGAUAUUCUGGCGGAUACGACAAAAUAAUUAGUGAGUGGAGUCGGAUUAAUAAUCUUCACAAGAAGAUUGUAAAAUUUAUCGGUACAAACUUGGCUCGAAAGUACAAUGUUACUAUAAAUGAUACACUUCCGGCUUAUUUACUUGAUAGCUUACAAGGAUACAAUUGGGCAGAUAUAUCAUCAGAUGCGUUACCCUACUCAGAGUUAGUCUAUGAUCUCAAGAAAAAUCUCUGGAGGAAGAAAUAUGUAGGAAAAUCUCUAUACAAGAUUGCGUCUAGUUUGGGAUCAUUACUAUUGAAACAAGUCCCGCAAGCAGAAUUCUGGGAUAAGAGUGAAUUUAAUCAACAGUGUCCAUCUAGAUUGUUAAACUUUUGUCGAGAUGGUACAAUGAGAGUUUCUACUUGUUCCAAAGCCACAAUAAGCAAUUUCUUGAUAGCACAUGAAGAUGUUGGUAAAGUACUAUUUAAUCAAAUGACCAUAGAAAACACUCCAGUUCUUGAUACAGUAAACAGAUAUUCAGGAUUAGAAGAAGGUAUAUCGACACUAUUUGGAAUACUAUCGACAAGUCCUGCAUGGCUCAAUCAUACUCAUUUAAUGAAUAGUAAAGAUAAUGAGGAACGAAUGAUUGUAUCUUUAAUGAUAACUGCUUUAAAUAUACUCCCACGAUUAACAUAUUAUUACUCCGCUGAUUUAUGGAGAUUAAAUGCAAUUCGAGAAAAUAUUACAGAGCCUACAGACUUGAUAACAUCUUGGUGGAAUUAUAGGCAAGAAUAUGAAGGUAUUUCUUCUACUGAUACUGAUUACCCUACCUUCAUAGACGAUAGUCACAUUGUUAGAAAUAAACCAUAUCUUUCCAAAAUUCUUGGAAUAAUGCUAUCUUUUCAAUUAUAUGAAUAUAACAUGGAUUCAACAGAAAUUAGAUAUAAUUUGGAUGGGAAAUUAAUAAAUAACAAUAUAAUAAAAAUGAUUCAACAUAGUGGAGCUUGCGAGUGGCAGGAUACUCUAAAUAAAUUCGUUGACAUAGACGAUAUAUCUGCGGAUGCGCUUAUUCAGUAUUUUACACCACUAGAAGAAUUUAUUGAAGAAAACGAAGAAAAUUUCGAAUACAAAUCUGGAGCGACAGCAGAGAAAGAACUUGAAGAAUUGGAGAAACGUAUCUUGCGAGAGAUCAACACUCCUACAACGCCUCCGACUACCACACACAGAAUAACAACACAAGCAACAUCAUACAAGAUAACAAGUAACUCGAAAAAUAUGCAAUCAAAAGUAGAAAAAUCUUUGGAAUCUAAAUCGUCUAUAUACGUGGAAGAUAAGUCGAAAAAUUCUGGGUCCGACUUCACAACUCAAAUCUCUUUUAAUGAAGCAUCGUUGGUGCCCGAUAUUUCGAACGGCACAGAAAAUAGCACGCCAAAGAUUAGUACUAGUAAAGCGGUAUGGGCCAUAAGCGCAGUUCUCGUUGCGAUAAUAGUCAUCUGUAUCAUUGCGAUUUUUGGAAGACGAAGAUGUCGUAAAACGCCAAAAAAUAGACGAUACGUUUAGUGGUAUACAUUUUUGUUAAACAUAUUUAUUUUUCGCAUUUAGGUAAUAAGAGAAUUUGAUCAUGUAACUUAUUAUCGCAACAAUUUCUCUGAUUAGGGAAUUAUUUUCUAAUUGU